UUAGUUGUUAAUUGUUAAAAGAUUAAAAUUUGCCAACUAAUCUUCUCUCCCCUUUUUCCCUCUUUAUCUCUCCUCCUUCAUUCCCCACCACCACCCACCCACCAUUAUCGCACACCUCAAGAAUUUCUCCCCUUUUCUUCUUCAAAUGUUCCCUUUUCCCAACAAUUUCCCAAACCCCUAAUUUUCCCAGAUUUCUGCUGUUUCAAUUUCGGAAAUUAGGGUUUUGAUUUCUUCAGUUUUUCAAUCAAUGUCGCAGCUCAAAGCAAUUGGUCACAUGGCGGAUGAUAUCCCAUCAACCCCAGGAAAAUUCAAGCCUGAAAAAUCAUCGAUUUACUUCAAUAGAAUUCGAUGGUACUCUUCUGUCUCUAAACUUACCCUUUGGUCUUUCCUCUUUCUCUCUCUUCUUCUCUUCCUCUUCUUCGCUUCCCCUCGUUUUGAUUCUUCCCACCGACACGGGGAUACUUUCCAGGCCGUGUCCAAAACCACCGCAACCGCCGCCACUUGGGGUGGUCACGAUUGGGAGCGCCGUGUUCGGCAAUCUGCACGGGUGAAACAGGGCACACACGGGUUGACCGUGCUCGUAACUGGCGCAUCUGGGUUUGUUGGGACCCAUGUAUCAAUGGCGUUGCGAAGGAGAGGAGAUGGUGUUCUGGGUCUUGAUAAUUUCAAUGAUUACUAUGACCCUUCUUUGAAAAGAUCUCGUCAGAAGCUUCUGGAACGUGCUGGAAUCUUCGUGGUUGAAGGGGAUAUCAAUGAUCGAGAUCUUUUGACGAAAUUGUUUGAUGUUGUUGCGUUUACUCAUGUGAUGCAUCUUGCUGCUCAAGCUGGGGUAAGGUAUGCAAUGGAGAACCCUAAAUCUUAUGUCAAUAGUAAUAUUGCUGGACUGGUUAAUUUGUUGGAAGUUUGUAAAUCUGCAAAUCCUCAACCUUCGAUUGUUUGGGCUUCUAGUAGUUCUGUUUAUGGAUUGAAUUCUAAAGUUCCAUUUUCUGAAAAAGAUAGAACUGAUCAACCUGCUAGUUUGUAUGCUGCUACUAAGAAAGCUGGGGAGGAAAUUACACAUACUUAUAAUCAUAUAUACGGGUUGUCCAUUACCGGGUUGCGGUUCUUUACGGUGUAUGGACCUUGGGGUAGGCCGGAUAUGGCGUAUUUCUUCUUUGCUAAGGAUAUGUUGAAAGGGAAGCAGAUUAAGGUGUUUGAGGGACCGAAUCAUUCGACUGUUGCUAGGGAUUUUACCUACAUUGAUGAUAUUGUGAAGGGGUGUUUAGGGGCGUUGGAUACGGCCAAGAAGAGUACCGGGACUGGUGGGAAGAAGAAGGGGCCGGCGCAGUUUAGGAUCUUUAAUUUGGGGAAUACUUCGCCUGUUAGUGUUACCGAGUUGGUCAGUAUAUUGGAGAAGCUGCUUAAGGUUAAGGCUAAUAAGAAGAUUUUGCCGCUGCCUAGGAAUGGGGAUGUCCCAUACACACACGCGAAUAUCACAUUGGCUCAGAAGGAGCUCAAUUAUAAGCCUUCUACUGAUUUGCAGACGGGGUUGAAGAAGUUUGUUAGAUGGUAUUCGAGUUACUACUCAGACUCGAAGAAGAAGAGUGGCUCUGUUUGGUGAAAUUGGAGCUUGUGAUGUUUGAGGAGAUAUCGCGCUAGAAGUCUGCUUUCUGGCAAUCUGCUGAAAUUGGAGGGUUUUUGUUCCAUGUUUUCUGUCUGCAGAAGGAUACCUCGAUUCGAGUAUUUGUGGAGUUUUGAGUUGAUUCACCGUGUCUUGCCUGCUGCCUGCUAUAUCCUUGUGGUUCAAGGACUUCAACGAUUGCAGGAUCGAUGAAUGGGUUUUAUUUGCUGCUUGUGACAUGAUUUGUUGAUUAAACUCUAAUUUCAUGUCAAGUUGCAAUAUGAUCACAUUAUGCAAUAAGGCCUGCCUUGAAAUUCGUACAUUUUGCUUUAGUAGUUGUAUUGCAAAUGUUGCAGCUGCGACUGUAAUGUUUUUUAAAAAUCUGAAAGUUGAAGUUAGUGGCUUUCUUUUAAAAUUCAGGAAUCAUUCUACCAUUCUUCGGAUUGGAAAAAUCAAUGUUAUUGAUGGUUAAUUGAUCA